AUGCUAUCGGGCCUCCUCACUUGCGCGCCGCCUUCCUUCUUGCCCGCGGCCAGCGCGGCGGAGCGGGCGGAAGGGCGAGGGUUCCGCCCGCAGGUCCCUAGGCUCUUCGUCGGCCUCGAAUCACGCGGCAAGAUUUACCAAGGGACUCGCCACAAUGUUGGUUUUGAACUGAUAGAUGCUAUAGCUGAAGCUGAAGGAAUAUCUGUGAACAGCAUGCGUUCGAAAGCAUUGUUUGGGAAAGGUUACAUUGGAGAUGUCCCUGUCAUGCUAGCCAAACCACAAACGUUCAUGAAUGUUAGUGGUGAGUCGGUUGGUUCGUUUGUUUCAUAUUUCAAAAUACCACUGAAUCAAGUACUUCUGAUGUAUGAUGACAUGGAUUUACCAUUUGCAAAAUUGCGGUUGUUACCAAAAGGUGGACAUGGUGGCCAUAAUGGGAUGCGCAGUGUGAUUAAUCACUUGAAGGGAAGCCAUGAAUUUCCCCGUCUGAAAAUAGGCAUCGGUCGACCACCAGGCAAAAUGGAUCCUGCUAAUUAUGUUCUCCGACCUUUCAACAAGAAAGAGCGAGAAGAGCUUGAUUUCACCUUUCAAAGGGGCCUGGAAGCGCUCAGGAUUCUGGUGCUCGAGGGAUUUGAUAAGAGCGCAACUUUUGCUAAUAGCACGAGACGAUCAGAACUCUUGAAUUGAUGGAGGUUUCGGCAAUUAUCCACAUGAUUCACACAGAUUCAUUUGUUCACACAGAUUCAUUUGUGCACGCCUUUUUCACGUAGUACUGAAGAUAAACAGAUAUCGAAGUUCACCUGUUACUUGACGGAGAAAUGUUUGUUCCUUUGUAUCAUUUAUUUUUUUUAUUGGUAGGAUAUAUAGAAUUAUUGGUGGAAGAAAUGAUUGUGUUCGCGGAAGAGCUGAACAGGCUGAACCCAUUAUAUACAAGUAUUGGAUUAUUAGAA